GCGCAGAGCGUGUCUGGCGGCCAGACCCGGUUGGGGUGCCGAGUGGGGUGCGGGUGGCGUGUGGUGGUGACGCGUCGCGUUCAGGGGUACGUCUGCCAACUGACGAAGGGGCGAUGACGGCGCGGGGCCGGACGCUGCCGGUGCUGGUGCUGGUGCUGGCGCUGAGCUGCCUGCGCCCUGCCGCCGGCAUCUACUUCUUCAGCCGAGACGACGGUGUCGCGCCGUCGCCGCUGCCGCCGCCGCCGCCUCCGGCUCAGACGGCCCGCUGUGUCUGCUCGCUGGCCGAGUGGUGUCAGCCGGUGACCCAGCCUAAAGUGGAGCUGAGCGAGGUGUUUGCGUUCGUGCUUAACACCACCGAGAAGACGUGGGCGACGUUCGACUGGGACAAGCUGACUGCCAUCGUGCUGUUCGACUUCUUCGAUCCGCAGAUCGUGUGCCACGCGCACCGGCACAAAGUGCGCGUCCUGCACAACGCCAACUUCCUGAAGGCGAACGUUACCAACGCCACCUACCGGGCCGAGUGGGUGGCGCGCCAGGUCAGCUUCACCCGGCUGCACUACCUGGACGGUAUCAACAUCGACUUCGAGGACCCGGUGGGCGCCAAGGAGCCGGCGCGCGCCGCCUACGUCCAGCUGGUGAACGAGACGCGGCGCGCGCUCACGCGGUUCAACGUCCAGACAGUGCUCACAGUGGACGUGCCUUGGUCACCGGACUGCAUCGACGGGCGCUGCUAUGACUUCGUCGGCCUGCACAACUUCACCGACAUGCUCUUCGUCAUGGGCUACGACCUGCGCAGCCAGGUCGUCUCCAAGGAGUGCCUUGCGGGUGCCAACGCACCGCUGAACAGAACUCUGGCCGGAGUGAGGAAGUACCUGCAAAUGGGCAUCAGCGCCAACAAGCUGGUGCUCGGCGUGCCCUGGUACGGCUACGACUACCACUGCCGCAACGUCACACACAACGGCACUGUGUGUCAGAUCGACCGCGUGCCGUUUCGUAACGUCAACUGUAGCGACGCGGCCGGCUCCGAGCGGCCGUACAGCCGGCUGGCCGUCUGGAACCGGUACGCCCUGCAGCGUUUCUGGUCCAACGACUCCCAGUCGCCCUACUUCAAUGUCAAGUUCGAGGGCUGGAACCAGACGCACCAGGUGUGGUUCGACAACGCCACCAGCCUCACCUACAAGUACAUGGGCGCGGCGAGCCUCAAACUGCGCGGUGUCGGCAUAUGGGCGGCCAACUUCCUGGCGGCGGGCAACUCGUCCGAGGACCGGACCGAGCGCGACCUCAUGUGGGGCGCCGUGCCGCGCUGGAACUGGCAGAGGUCCGGCGGCGGCCCGCCGCCGUCGCCGCCGCCGUCCGCCGCCGGCCGGCUGCGCUACCAGCUGAGGUCGGCGGCCCGGCGCGGGGUGGUGCUGCGCCUGCUGGGGUGGCAGAGCCAGCCGGCCGAGCGACAGCAGCCCUGGCCAAUCAUCAGCGCCUGACGCGGCGUCAGGCGCUGAUGGAGGCGAGGCGCGUCUGCUGGCGGGACUGACGGGACUGGUGGGUGGACUGAAGAGUAUGAUGGGACUGUUGGGUUGACUGAUGGGUCUGGUGGGUUCACUAACGGAUGUGAUGGGCGAACUGAUGGGACUGAUGGGAUUGAUGGAUGGACUGACGGGUCUGAUGGAACUUACGGUUGGACUGACGGGCGGGUCUAAUGGAUGGACUGGUGGGUCUGAGGGAUGGACUGGCGGGUCUGAUGCGUCGGCUGGUGAUACUGAUGAGCGGGCUGAUGGGUCGGCCUGACAGGGCAUCCAACUGCAGCUGAGCAGCAAAGCCUCCCUCUGGCACGACUGUCCACGGUGGGACUGCGCAGCUGAUGACUCUGACCUGUCCCGGCGCAUGUGGUCUGCGGUUUGACCCGUGGCCCGUCGGAGGCCGCGUAUGGAACCGCUACCCGUCUGGUCUGCAACGAGGCUGUGGACGCCGGCCCGAUAGCCCCCAGUAAAACACCGCGGCGCUGAGAUAGCCCCCAGUAAAACGCCGCGGCGCUGAGAUAGCCCCCAGUAAAACGCCGCGGCGCUGAGAAUGCGUGUGUCGAGGUGCCUGAGACUGAUGCUAGGGUUGCAGCGGAUGUGUGAUCGAGGUGCGACAGCGGGACGAAGCCUGAUGAGAAGCAUGGACUGGUAUUAGCAUGACCAGUGAUUUGGACCCAUGAACCUUAUCCCAUCGUAUAAUGAGAUCGAGCUUGCACAACAUGGAGCGAAGACGGCAUGCCAAGUUUAAAUUGUUUAGGUAUUAGAGGCAUCGGUUUGCACAGUGUCUGACUGCCGAUAAAGAUGACUUUUACUUGUGAUUAAGCGCCACUGAUGUAUGCAUUAGUUCUUAACGUACAUGUAGACAAGUGCAGGUGACUUUUUGUGUCGGUGACAGGUCUGCGCUCAGUACUGGAGUACCUAGCGAGCGCUUAUGCGGAUGAUGAGGGUCCGCCCCUUUUCAUUCCGUUCCCUUGGCUUUGGGGGCACCGGGUGCGUGAAUGCAAAAACAUGAACAGGUUCCGAUGCUGUGCGUGAUGUGCUUGAGAUUCCCGACUCUUCCGAACGUUCGACUCAGGUACUGGUGGCUUACCGGCGGCGAGCGGCAGUCGUCGCUGUGCGCUCGCGCUUCUGGCUGAGCAAAGUUUAGUUUUAAGUUUCGCUGCCGCGUAGUUAAGUGUAGCUUAUAGAGCGACGGCAGUGUAGUCCCGUUUCGUGUAAUGGUGGGCGUGUGCUUCGUAGCACACACCCCGUGCUGCUGAAGACCCUGGUUGCGAGGCCCGGUGUUGGGAGCCCACCCCUGCCGGUCUGAGGCUGAGGUGCCCAGUCGCCACUCUAGAGUCGCGGAGUGAUGACUAGUGGGCAGGAUGCCAGGUCACUUGCCAUGCAUGGUAAACUUCCAGGGUAAGCACGGCAUUGUGUAUGUACUCCACGGUGUUUUGUGUUGCGGAUGGGGCCGGCCGCACGGUCGGCUCAUACUCGACGUCUCCCUUGCUGUAUUAUACUGGUUAAGUCGGGAUGCGUCUGUGGUAACGCCGUAUUCAGGGGCAUUUUUGUAAUAUGUGUACAUGCUGGCGGCGGUAAAAAUGUUUGCCUAGGUGUAUUGUCAUCGGGAUGACAAUUGCUUUCGUAAAAAGCCAUCUGAUAUAGCGCGUAUCACUCCGAUGCGUCAUUUUCCCAUAUGUGGCUGACUGGCAUUCGACAGGCUGGUGCGAUAGGGAACUCGGGGCUUCCGGACGCGGCAGCCGUCUGUGUCUUUGUGACGCACGCCAGAUUGCGGGAUUUCACGCGAUGAUUACAAGUGUUAGGUGUGUCAUCUGAACUGAUGCUGAACAGAGGGUAGAGUGCUGUAAGCUGAGAGAGCGUGCCAAGUUCUUUCAAAAUGUACUUGCCAUAAGGAGGAAUGAAUAAACCGAUAUCCGAGUACG